AGAGCUUUCCCUACUCGCAACUCUAAGCUCUGCUUGUCGAAAACCCCGACUUGCUACCCUUUACACCACUCUUGAAGAUCCUUAUUACUCUCUUUUCUUGCUUACUGAGACGCUGGUAACCCUUUCUGUGUAAUUUCUAUAAUCUUCGUUCCGGCUUUCGCAUUCUCAGACCGCCAUGGAUAACUACGAGGAAGGGUUUGAGGAGCAGGAGGAGAAAGAAGAAGAGCGCACUGAAGAGAAGAUCAUCAAUGAGGAAUACAAAACAUGGAAAAAGAAUGCACCGUUUCUCUAUGACAUGAUUCUGAGUACAGCUUUGGAAUGGCCGACUUUGACAACACAAUGGCUUCCGGAUAAGCAAGAAGUUCCGGAUAAACCAUACUCGACUCAUCGUCUCUUAAUUGGAACCCAUACCUCGAGCGAUGCGCAAAACUAUCUACAGAUCGCCCACGUACAGCUUCCCAACCCCACGGCUCCCAAUCCCGAUGAUUACGAUGAGGAACGGGGCGAGAUUGGUGGAUAUGGGGGUAGCUCCAAGAAGGCUCCGAUGGAAAUUAAGUUCAACAUUGUGCAGAAGAUUGACCACAAGGGUGAGGUCAACAAGGCACGGUAUCAACCACAGAACCCCAACGUCAUUGCUACCAUGUGUACGGACGGAAGGGCGAUGAUCUGGGAUCGUUCGAAACACCCAAGUCUACCCACGGGGACGGUAAACCCUCAAAUGGAGCUUCUGGGCCACACAAAGGAAGGCUUUGGACUUAGCUGGAGUCCGCAUGUUGCGGGUCAUCUUGCGACAGGUAGCGAGGACAAAACUGUUCGUCUCUGGGACUUGACGACAUACACGAAGGGUAACAAGGCCCUCAAGCCUUCUCGCACGUACACACACCACAGCUCGAUAGUCAACGAUGUCCAGCACCACCCCCUUCAUUCGUCUCUCAUCGGCACCGUAUCCGACGAUAUCACUCUCCAGAUCAUCGAUGUUCGGGAAGCAGACACGACUCGUGCGGCCGCUGCUUCGGCCGAGGGUCAGCACCGCGAUGCGAUUAACACUAUUGCCUUCAACCCGGCUGCGGAGACAGUUUUGGCUACUGGGUCAGCAGACAAAACUAUUGGUUUAUGGGAUUUGCGUAAUCUGAAGAGCAAACUUCACGCACUCGAAUUCCACAACGACUCUGUCACCUCAAUCUCCUGGCACCCAUUUGAGGAGAGCGUCUUGGCUAGUGCAAGUUACGAUCGUAAGAUCAUGUUCUGGGACCUUAGUCGGGCAGGCGAAGAACAGAGCCCCGAAGAUGCACAGGAUGGACCUCCGGAGCUUUUGUUCAUGCAUGGUGGCCAUACCAACCGUAUUUCUGACUUCAACUGGAAUCUCAAUGACCCCUGGGUUCUUUGCUCUGCCGCAGAAGACAAUUUACUGCAGGUCUGGAAGGUAUCCGAUGCGAUUGUUGGCAAGGAUCUGGAAGAUGUGCCGACUGAGGAAUUGGAGCCGUGAUAUGGAUUUGCAUUGGGGAAAACGCAUAUGGAUACAUAUAUGAUGUGAUUUCACUCACUUCUUGUAUUAAUUGUUUUACUUCUAAGCAGGCCGGAUGACGUUCGGAAUUUGAAAAGGACUAUUUACACUUGUUUAUGCAUGCGUGGCGCUGAGCCUCUUGACCAAUAGCUCAAGAGAGAUUGAUGGACUACAGAAGACUUGUCACUUAGUCGCAUAGACCCGCACUUGAUCGUCCAUAUCAGCCCUAUUGAGCAUACUCUGCUGUUACUGAAGUCCUGCUACAUAGUACAGAGUAAUCUAACCCAUACUCCGUA